CUUUUAAAAUUAAUUAAAAAAAAAAAAAUCAGAACAACCUCUCUCUCACGCCAAGCAUGGCGAUUCUUCUUCUCGACGCGAGGCGACGGCGGCGACCUCGCUGUUGACAUCGUCUGAUUCAUUCACUCCCCGACGACCUCGCCGUUGACAUCGUCGCUCGCGUGCCCAGAAGCCACUACCCGACACUCUCCCUCGUCUCCAAGAGUUUCAGGAAUCUCACCGCCUCGUCUAAGCUCUACAAGAGGCGAUCUCAGCUAGGCAUCACCCAACACCGUGUCUACGCCGUCCUACGCAACCGCAGCACCGGUGAUUUCAGUUUCUACAUCACCCAACAAUGUGUCUCUGUUGCUUGGUGGAAUCAAUUCUCUGUUGGGAGUAGAGUGCUCUUUCAGCAUCCCAUUGAUUAACAAAAUUCCCACCUUAAUCAUGGGUAUGGAUGUAUCUCAUGGGUCUCCAGGUCGUGCAGAUGUUCCUUCAGUAGCAGCGGUAUUGCUUUAUUCUUACUUUGCUUGUCCUUUAUUUUCCGUCUGUUUACUUUUCAUGUCUCAGCCUAUGCUGUAAGGUUGUUGGUUCAAAAAACUGGCAGCUGUGAGAAGUCAGUCACAAAAACUGGAAAUGAUUGAUUCGCUCUUCCAACCAGUUGACGACCCUGUGAACGGAGACAACCGGUAUCAUGAAUGAAUUGUUUGUGGAAUUUUUCAAGACAAGCAACGCACGAAAGCCUAAGCAGAUUAUCAUAUUCAGGGAUGGAGUAAGUGAAUCACAGUUCAACCAAGUCUUGAACAUUGUGGUGGAUCAGAUAAUAAAGGCGUAUCAACGUCUUGGUGAGACCGACGUGCCAAAGUUCACUGUCAUUGUGGCUCAGAAAAGACACCACACCAAAUUGUUUCAAGCUAAGGGUCAUGAAAAUGUUCCUGCAGGAACCGUUGUGGACACCAAGAUUGUACACCCGACCAACUAAGAUUUUUACAUGUGUGCCCAUGCAGGAAUAAUAGGAACUUCAAGACCGGCUCACUAUCAUGUCUUGCUGGAUGAGAUUGGUUUCUCUCCCGAUGAGUUGCAGAACCUCAUCCAUUCUCUCUCCUAUGUCAACCAGCGGAGCACAACGGCAACCUCAAUUGUGACUCUGAAAAGCCAGAUCCUUUACUGCAUUCUCGAAAAUGGCGAUCGAAAACCACGAGAACCCAAAUCGCAGAAGAAGCAUGGGAGGUGGUGGACCAGAGGAAGAAGAGAACCAGUGGCCUCCAUGGCUGAAACCAUUACUGAAAGAAAACUUCUUUGCUCAAUGCAACUUUCAUGGACACUCACCUAAAAACGAAUGCAACAUGUAUUGUUUGGACUGCACUAAUGGCGGCUCCCUUUGCCCUCUCUGUCUUGAACACCACAAAGAUCAUCGUACCAUCCAGAUAAGGAGAUUGUCCUAUCACGAUGUGAUAAGGGUCAACGAGAUUCAGAUGCAUUUAGAUAUCUUGAGCGUUCAGACGUAUGUGAACAACAGCGCAAAGGUUGUGUUUUUGAAUGAAAGGCCUCAGCUUGAGCGCGUUAGAGGAGUUAGAGUUACUAAUGCCUGCGAUGUCUGUUCUCGUGGCCUUGCUGACGAUUGCUUUUGCUUCUGCUCUCUUGGCUGCAAGGUAGCAGGAGCUUCUAGAAGCUUUGAGAAGGGAGUGAAGCAUACUCUAACGGAAUUAGAGAGUUCAAACAACAGUUCAGGAGUAGAGGAUAGCAUUCCAAGUCUCCAGAGUUUAAUCACAUCAACACCACAACGUCCUACUUCUACUUCUUUGAGAAAAAGACCAAGAAAGGGUAUCCCUCACCGAUCUCUACUGCAAUGAGUUUAGAUCGCAAAGAAGCAGGAGGUUGUGUUACAUUCCAAGGCUUCUUAUUCUAUAUUAGACAUCCUGAAAAGAGAUAGUAGCUCAAUACAAGACACAACAUAAAUGGUUUUAACAUUGGUCUUACUCCAAAGGAGGGCCUUUGGUUUGUAGUCAUCUAAUUAGUAAGUGUAUAUAUUCUUGUAUAUUCUCAAUGUGA